GUGUAUGGGUUGCUGUUUGAUACAUAUGUUUCUUUUUUUUGUUGUUUUUUCGAUAACACGAUGACGCACACUCAUCCGUAGACAAAAACACCAGACAUCGGGGCUGAGGAAAAACGCAAUAGAAAGACUUUAAUUAAUUGUAGAAUUUGUGUGUUGUGUGCGCUUGUGGAAGAGCAGAAAAUAAAGAAAACAAGAUGAGUUUCUUUGGCAAAAUGUUUGGUGGCAAAAAAGAGGUGGCUCCGACGACGGGCGAGGCGAUACAAAAGCUGCGAGAAACAGAGAACAUGCUGAUCAAGAAGCAGGAGUUUCUCGAGUCCAAAAUCGAGGAGGAGUUAAAUACAGCACGCAAGAAUGCAUCCAAAAACAAAAGAGUGGCUUUGCAGGCGCUGAAAAAGAAGAAGCGCCUGGAGAAGCAGCUGCAACAAAUCGAUGGCACCCUCUCCACGAUCGAGAUGCAAAGGGAGGCGCUGGAGAGCGCCAACACGAACACUGCUGUUUUGACCACAAUGAAGAAUGCGGCGGAUGCCCUCAAAUUCGCACAUAAGAACAUGGAUGUUGACAAUGUGCACGAUAUGAUGGAUGAUAUUGCCGAGCAACAGGAUGUGGCGCGUGAAAUCUCCGAUGCCAUCUCGAAUCCAGUUGCCUUUGGCGCCGAUCUGGAUGAUGAGGAUCUCGAGCGGGAACUCGAUGAGCUGGAGCAGGAGAACUUUGAUAAAGAAAUUAUUGGCAUACCCGAACCGACGCACACGUUGCCAGAGGCGCCGACCGAAGACUUGCCCGAGAAGGCCAAGGAAAAGAAAAAGGCAGUUCCAGCACCAGCAGCUGCCGCUGCCGAUGAUGAUGAUCCAGACAUGAAGCAAUUGCUAUCUUGGGCCAAUUAGAAAACGCUUAUGAAAUCUCCGCUCAUUGUUUUAUUUGCAAAAGAAAAUAUCUAACCGUAAUUAUUUCUUGUCAUUGAAUAUUUCGUUACAAUUAAGUGAAAAAUUUCAGUUGGAAAGCAUAAAUACAAUUUGCAAAUUAUCAUGAGACAUA